AUGUUGAUUCCGUCCGCCUUCUCGGCGAAGGAACUGGAACAAGGAUUCUGGAAAUCAAGCACGAUUAUUACACAGUCGAGGGGUUUACCAUCGAUGGCGAGGUGGCGGAUACAUCAGGGACGGACUACUUUGAGUUCUACCACAGCACGCUCAUCUAUGCGUACGCUGAUCGUGCCCCAACUAUUCGGGAUCACUUGUUUCGAAUCAGCGAUGGAUGGGCUGGAUAUUAAAAACAUGAAGCUGCGCACGGCUGGUGAGGAGUGCCUUCGCCUACGCGUGGGACUUCGUUCACGACGACCAAACGGACGGGGAAAAAAAUGGACAAGGGGUGUAUAUCGGCACCUCGAGCUCUGA